GCUUGGCACGGUUUUUAAUYAUUKUUAGCAGUUUAAGAAACCAUUUGUGGAGACCUGGCACAACCCUGGAAAAUAAAGAUAAGAGAAGAAGUUAAAGUGUAUUUGGUGGUUCAACCAAAGUGUCAUCUUUCAAGGAAAGACUGGGUACUAAGGAGSAYAAACAGGAACGCCAACAACUGAGAAAUGACCCUUUCCUUUCCCAUUCCUUGGCUUUCUUGGAAUGAAUAAGAUCCAUGAUCUUAARAAUACAAAWUUUAUUGAUCUCUUAAAUGCUACCGCGACGAAGAAGCAAGCAUUGGUUCACAACCACAUUACUAAUUCAAAUCGAUCGAGGGACCUCCUGAGCAACAUCAGGCAGUCAUGAGUAAUAUAAAAUAUYAYCAAWACAUCACUUCUUCACGGAUAGAUGGUGUACUUACCACAUUAAAAAACGAGAAAACGCUUCCACUWCCAUCUCCUUCUAAAGUAGCUACCAACCAACACUUUUUUAACGACCCUCUCGCCAGCAUCCUAUGGCAACUGAUGAUGAUAUCAGGGGUUUUGAUAUAUGGGUCACAUUCUAUAUUGAUAAAUUUAUGUAAAGUGGAUGGGAAAAUUCCUUUCAACUCCGCAGCAGUUGUGCUUCUUAUUGAACUAGCAAAGUUGGUAUUUUCAUUGUUUUUCUUCAUACCUGAGGUUUUGUCUGGAAAAGCAGUAAAUAACUUGUCCAUAAAGACAAUCUUGGUGUUCUCUGUUCCUGCUAUUUUGUACUGCAUUAAUAAUAAUAUUGUUGUGUAUAUUCAACUCUUCCUGGAUCCAGCUAGUUUCCAGGUAAUGAGCAAUUUAAAGAUAGCAUCUACUGCCAUCCUCUAUUGGCUGAUUAUUAAAAGAAAAAUUUCUCAACAAAGAUGGUUAUCAUUAUGUCUUAUAACAGUGGCUGGAAUAAGCAAUAGUUAUGGAGGCCUUCAUCAUCACCAUGAAAUCUUGCCAAACAAGAAAGGCCCAAGUGAGAUCUAUGUUAGUUUAGUGGGGGUAUUUUUGAUGUUUUUAUACUGCACAAUAUCAGGAAUAGCAGGUGUAUAUACAGAGUACAUACUUAAAAGGCAAUACCAGAUUUCUCUUCACUUGCAAAACUCAUUACUCUACACAUAUGGAGUAGUCUUUAAUUUCUGGGCCUUUCUUGCACAGCAUAUUCCAUCAAUCCAUAGUUCACCUGAUGAAAGUGGAACAGGUACUGUCGUUGAUGGRUUCUUUUCUGGGUUUUCCUUGUGGACACUUCUUAUUGUAAUAACUCAGGCAGCAAAUGGUUUAAUAAUGUCAGCAGUGAUGAAACACGCAAGCAAUAUAACACGGCUCAUCAUCAUUGCCUGUGCAAUGCUUGUCACUACUUUUUUAUCAGUUCUGCUAUUUUCUUUACAGUUGAAUAUAUAUUUUAUUUCGGCCUUUAUAUUAGUAGUACUUGCAUUAAAACUUUAUCAUACAUAAACAUAUGAUAAUGUAUAUAGUAUUAUUUUGAAUAAAGUAAUAUAUAUCUU